UUGCGAGCCCAGCUUGUUCGCAACUUAUCAGCUAUGCCGGCAAAGAGGAAGGCCGCUGAACCGGCCGCUGAACACCCCAAUGGUUCGCCCGCUAGUAAAAAGGGCCGUGUUGACUUGCACCAACCGCACCCAAACGCCAAGCAAACCGAGGAUUUCGGCAUAGUCCUACGCCAAUUCUAUCCACCGGAGAUGAGCAACGAGCGCUGCCAAGCAUACACCGAUGGCGCGCUGGAACGCCCAAUUGAAACACUACAGAAAGCUUGCCGGGAAACCGCCGACAAGCGCAGGUCGAUCAACAUGGGUAGUGCCGUGGUACAUUGGUUUAAGAGCGAUCUCCGGCUUCAUGACAACAGGGCGCUGCACGCGGCCUACCAAUUUGCGAAAGAGCACCAGGUUCCGUUGAUCGGUCUUUACAUCGUCUCCCCCGAAGAUUGGAUUGCCCAUUUGACUAGUCCCGCUCGAGUGGACUUCACUCUGCGCACCCUCAAGCGAUUGCAACUGGACCUGGGGGAGUUGGAUAUUCCUUUGCACAUGGAAAUACAGGAGAAACGAAAGACGAUCCCGAAACGGAUUGUGGAGUUGUGUCAACAGUGGGGCGCGAAGAGCCUAUAUGCGAAUAUCGAGUAUGAGGUAGACGAACUGCGCCGCGAAGCCAAGCUUGUUAGACUCUGCGCAGAUAGCGAUAUCAAUUUCACUCCCACUCAUGAUACCUGUGUGGUGACUCCGGGCGCGUUGGCUAGCCAGCAAGGGAAACAAUAUUCCGUUUAUACUCCGUGGUAUCGCUCCUGGUUGGCAUUUUUGAAAGAGAACCCUGAUUACCUCGAGGUUUCUGGGGAACCCGGGUCAAAUCCAGGGAAUGCGCGCCAACAAUUGAAGGAGCUCUUCGAUUGCCAGGUGCCAGCCGCACCUAAAACCCACAUCUUGUCGGACGAAGAUCAGAAACGGUUCGAGGGGUAUUACCCAGCCGGUGAGCAUGAAGCUCUCCAGCGACUGGACAACUUCCUUGAGGAGAAAGGUAAAAAGUAUGAGGAGUUGCGGAGCAUGUUGUCUGGUGAGCACACCUCGGUGUUGAGUCCCUAUUUUGCAUGCGGGGCGCUUAGCGCAAGGACUGCUGUCGGGACAGCGAAGAGGGCCAACAAAGGCCACCUCGAUCGAUAUGACCCCGGUUACAUGACCUGGAUCAGCGAGCUGGCCUGGCGGGACUUCUACAAGCACGUCCUGGUGAACUGGCCCUUCAUCUGUAUGAACAAGUGCUUUAAGCCCGAGCAUACCAACAUUGAAUGGGAGUACGACAAGGACCAAUUCCAAGCGUGGUGCGAUGGCAAGACAGGCUUCCCAAUCGUCGACGCAGCGAUGCGCCAGCUCCGUCACUGCGCGUGGAUGCAUAACCGCACGCGCAUGGUGGUCUCAUCGUUCCUUACCAAGGACCUGAUGCUCGAUUGGCGCCGUGGCGAACGCUACUUCAUGGAGAAUUUGAUUGAUGGCGAUUUUGCGUCCAAUCACGGCGGGUGGGGGUUUGGGUCCAGUACUGGCGUGGAUCCGCAGCCAUAUUUUCGCGUCUUCAAUCCUCUUCGCCAGAGUGAGCGAUUCGACCCGGACGGAGAAUAUAUUCGCCACUGGGUGCCGGAACUCCGCGAGGUGUCUGGCAAAGCCAUCCACGAACCUUAUGCGAAGGGGGCGGCGGCCAUUGCACAGAAGAAUGGCUACCCCAAGCCCAUUGUAGACCACGCAGAGAGCAGAGAUCGAGCUUUAGAGCGGUUCAAGAGUGUACUUAAGAAAGGAUGAAUGCUGAGCAUGUAAAUAAUAAUUAAGCGCGCAUUAUCA